AUGCCCCCUCCGGACGGCCCCCAGGGUGUUUUUUUCUUCUGGAGAUGGACCUGCCCCAGCAGGCGGGGUUACAGCCCUCCCCUCCUCUUCCUGCUGGCCGCCCUCCUCGGCACACCGGCCCGGACCGGAGCUGCCACCUACAAGGUGGGCGUGGUGGGCCCGUGGACCUGCGAUCCCAUGUUCUCCAAAGCCCUGCCGGACGAGGCGGCCCGACUGGCAGUCAACCGGAUCAACAAGGACCCCUACCUGAGCCGGGGCUACUGGUACAACUACGUCCUGAUAAACGAGGACUGCCAGACUUCACGGGCGCUCGCCGGCUUCCUCAACAGCGAGAGCCGCGCCUCGGGCUUCGUGGGGCCCUUGAACCCGGGUUACUGCUCCGCGGCCGGGCUGAUGGGCAGAACCUGGAACAAGCCGAUAGUGUCGUGGGCUUGCUCCAGCCCGGAGCUCAAGAGGGACACGGGCCGGGCGUACCCCACCUUCUCCCGCCCGCUGCCCCUCUCGUCCCGCGUCCUGUUCACCGUGCUCAAGUAUUUCCGCUGGGCGCACACCGCCAUCGUCGCCGCCGAGCAGGACCUGUGGGCGGAGACGGGCCAGGAGCUGGCCAGCGCCCUCCGGAGGUUCGGGCUGCCGGUCAGCGCGGUGGUCACCAUGGAGACGGACCCGGCGGGCGCGGAGGCCGCGCUCAGGCGCGUCGGGAAGGCUCACAAAGUGAGAGUAAUAAUCAUGUGCAUGCACUCUGCUCUGCUGGGUGGAGAGGAGGAGCGGGUGUUGCUGGAGAAGGCAUCAGAUCUGCGCAUGACGGACGGCAGCUACGUCUUCAUCCCCUUCGACGCGCUGCACUACAGCCUGCCGUACCGGGACACGCCCUACCCGCUGCUCGGCAACAACAGCAAGCUGCGCCGCGCCUACGACGCCGUGCUCACCGUCACCGUGGAGACCGGCGACAAGAGCUUCACCCAGGCCUUCCGCGAGGUGCAGGACAGCCGCGAGGUGUCGGCCAGCUGGCAGGCCUCCCAGGUAUCCCCUCUCUUUGGCACGAUCUACAACUCUAUCUUCUUCCUGGCGAUGGCGGUGGAGCAGAGCCGCAGGAAGGGGCGCUGGGCGACGGGCACCAGCGUGGCGGAGAGCACCAGCGGGCUGGAGUUCCAGGGCUUCAGCCAGACCCUGCGGUACGACCAGCAGGGGGAGCUGCUGGCAAACUACGUGAUCCUGGACAGCGACGGCUCGGGCAGCCAGCUCCGCGCCACUCACACCGUCGACAUGGCAACGGGGGCACUGAAAUACAUGGGCAGUGCCAUCCACUUCCCACAGGGGUCCAGCCCUGGCACGGACUCCAGCUGCUGGUUUGAUUCCAACAGUAUCUGUACUGGAGGAGUGGAUCCAAGCUUCAUCUUCCUCAUCUUCAUCCUCAUCUCGGCUCUUGGCAUGGGGGGGGCGGCGCUGGCCUACUUCAUGAGGAGGAGAAUCCAGCAGGCUCAGCUGAUGAAGGGACCGAACAAGUUGCUGCUGACGAUGGAUCUGGACCACAAGGCUUCAAAAGUGAAUGACGACAGCUUGGCGGGGAAGACUGUGUCCGAGAUGAAGACUCCACGGCACUCCGUGUCUGGGAAGAGCCUUGCAGGAGCCACGCCAGAGAACUCCAACGUGGCCAUCUUCGAGGGAGACUGGGUCUGGCUGAAGAAGAUUCCAGAGGGAGGAAAGAACACGGAGAUCAAUCCCACGACCAAAACCGUGUUCUGCAAGCUGCGAGACAUGCGCCACGAGAACCUGAACCUGUUCCUGGGGUUCUUCCAGGACUGCGGGGUGCUCGCCAUCGUCACGGAGCACUGCUCCCGCGGGAGCCUGGAGGACCUGAUCCGGAACAGCGACAUGAAGCUCGACUGGAUGUUCAAAUCCUCGCUGCUGCUCGACCUCAUCAAGGGCAUGAAGUACCUGCACAACCGAGAGCUGAUUCACGGGCGCUUGAAGUCCCGGAACUGCGUGGUGGACGGCAGGUUCGUGCUCAAGGUCACAGACUACGGCUACAACGAGAUCCUGCAGGCACAGAAGGUGCCUCAAGCAGAGAAGAAGCCGCAAGACCAGUUGUGGACUGCCCCGGAGCUGCUGAGAGACUCGAACCUGGAGCAGAAGGGCAGCUUCAGGGGGGACGUGUUCAGCUUCUCCAUCAUCAUGCAGGAGGUGAUCGUGAGAAACGCUCCCUACUGCAUGAUAGACAUGAGCACAGAGGAGAUCAUUAAGAAGGUGAGGAAGCCCCCUCCUCUGUGCAGACCCUCUGUCUCUGUGGAUCAGGCACCUAUGGAGUGCAUUCAGAUCAUGAAGCAGUGCUGGACUGAACAGCCAGAGAGGAGACCCACCUUCGAACAGAUCUUCGAGCAGUUUAAGAACAUUAACAAGGGCAAGAAGACGAACAUCAUCGACUCAAUGCUGAGGAUGCUGGAGCAAUACUCGAGCAACCUGGAGGAUCUGAUCAGGGAGCGCACCGAGGAGUUGGAGGUGGAGAAGCAGAAGACAGACAGGCUGCUAACUCAGAUGCUGCCAGCCUCUGUUGCUAAGGCUCUGAAGACCGGGGACCCUGUGGAGCCCGAAUAUUUCACGGAGGUCAGCCUGUACUUCAGCGACAUCGUGGGCUUCACGACCAUCUCAGCGCUGAGCGAACCCAUCGAGGUGGUGGACCUGCUCAAUGACCUCUACACUCUCUUCGACGCCAUCAUUGGAUUGCACGACGUCUACAAGUCCUGGGACAGGCCCCGCCCAGACUAUGUCGUUUGGGGGCAGAGGAACCAGAGGACGUUGGUGCGAAAGUGUGGACUAUUUAACCUAAGCACAAAGGUGACCGGGUCCCCAAUACUCCUAGAUCAGGACUCCCCUGUCACAGGGCGGGUGGCGGGCCCCUGUGUGGCGGGGGUGGUUGGUCUCACUAUGCCCCGAUACUGUCUCUUCGGAGACACGGUGAACACAGCGUCCAGGAUGGAAUCCACAGGACUGUCUUACCGGAUUCAUGUGAAUCGGAGCACAGUGACUAUCCUGCGCAGCCUCAACAUGGGGUACAAGCUGGAAAGCAGAGGGAUGACUGAAUUAAAGGGUAAAGGAAUUGAAGAAACCUUCUGGCUCGUGGGGAGGGAAGGGUUCACCAAGCCUCUGCCCACUCCUCCAGACGUCAUGCCAGGGGCCAGUAACCACGGGAUCAACUUGGACGAGAUCCCGAUGGACCGGAGGAGGAAGCUGCAGGAACGGGAAGAGAGGAUGAGGUCGAAAUAACCAGGCAGACAGAGGCGAUAUCAAUGCUGGGAGUGCCGAUGUCAUCCCCUUUAGCGACAGACAACAACGAUCUCAAAAUGGGGGGGAGGGAGGGGGGGGGGUCACAUCAAUACCAAAGAGCAUCAAACCCCCAUAAACGCUGAGAACGGAGGCCGGGGUACGGAAUUUAUCAUCCAGCGAGGUAUUACAGGACAAAACAGCGUGCAGGGUUUCGGGCUGAGCCAUCGUGCCGAGCCCCUGCGCUGGGCCUUCAGAAAAGUUUCCCCCAGUAGAAGCACAGCGAAAGCGAGGUGAAGCACAGGGGAGCAUUGGGAAGCACAGCGAGGUUCUGGUAAAUUAGUUACCACGGAAACCCAGGUGAAAACGAUGGGAAAUGCGUUGCAUUUUUUUCUCUAGCGUAAAUGAUUGAUAAUGGCGAACAGGCCCGCUGCUCGAGCGCACAGAUUAUGUAUCUAACUGGACAUAAUUAAUGCAUUCUGACCCAGGCAUGUAUCUCAAUGUGAAUUCUGUACAUUUGCUAAACGAGGCUUGUAAGUAUUUUCAAUCUAGCUCUUGUAUUUAAAAUUAUUAUUAUUAUUAAUAAUAAUAAUAAUAAUAAUAAUAAUAAUAAUAAUAAUAAU